AUGGUUGAUCCCAGCCCUCCGGCGCUGCACCUCCUCUCUGGCGGGAAUGUCAGCAUGGCAGGUGUUGGUAUCAAAGUAGAACAGGAGGAGUUUUGCGAAGGAGGCGGAGUCAUUACCAUCGUGGAACCCCCGAAAACAUCUCCAUCACGCGAUUGGUCAGGAAGUCAGCCACUGGAGGCCCGCCAACUAACCCCACCGCUGUCCCGCUCCCCUUCGGAGGGCUCGCCAGGUAAGGAGCUGACCCACAGGCAGAGCCCCAUGGGACUCAAGGAGGUCAGGAAGCAUGAUCGACCAGACCAAGUGCAAUCCAACUUCAAGGAAGUGAUGCCCACCAUUGAGAAGCUGCUGAAUGCUAACUGGAAGGAGAAGCUUCUGGAUAAAAGCACAGCGCGGGCAGGACAGCUGAAAGGUACCCCAGAGUCUCUGGCAGAGAAGGAGCUCCAGUUGUUGAUGAUGAUCAACCAGCUGAGUGGUCUUAGGGAGCAGCUGCUGGGGGCGCACUCUGAGCAGAGGAACAUGGCCGCCCUGCUGCUGGAGAAGCAGCAGCAACAGAUGGAACUGGCUCGACAGCAGCAGGAACAGAUUGCCAAACAACAGCAGCAGCUGAUCCAGCAGCAGCACAAGAUCAACCUGCUCCAGCAGCAGAUCCAGGUGAACAUGCCCUACGUGAUGAUCCCAGCUUUCCACACCAGCAGCCAGUCCCUCCAGGUCACCUCUGACUCCCAGAUGACCAUGCCAUUGCAACCAAUCCCCUGCAAGCCAGCCAUGGACUAUCCUAUGCAGCUGCUACCGAGCCCUCACCCCACCCAAGUGAAGAGGAGCAGUUCCUUCCGACAGGAGGCGAGUCAACCAUUGAACCUGACCUCCAAGCCAAAGGGGAUGGAGCUAGGGAAGACGCCCAGUCCACAUAGCCUGGAGCUGGGAUCCCUGGCACUGCAGGGGGCUUACCGACUGAGGGAUCUCCAGAGAGAAGUGUCCCACAGUCCCCCCCGAUCUGCCCUCAGCCUGAGUUUCCUUGGAGACGGCGACGUGGUCACCCAGGCCAUCCACGAUGCCCAGCUGCUCCUGAAGAGCAACAGCAGCGGCGGGCGAGAAAGAGAGAGAGACGGCGGGGAAAAGAUGGAUUAUAAAGAGUCUCCUCACAGCGAGAGAAUUUCUCACUCCGCACGGGGUGACGUCAGACAUGGCCGGCCGAGCACAGAGGACCACCUCAGCAGUGACUCUGAGAGUGCUCUGUCCGUUUCUGUCCCUGGGAGCUACGCUGAGGCCCGGCCCCCUCCCUCCUCCGUCCACAUUAAGAGACCCAUGAAUGCCUUCAUGGUGUGGGCCAAGGACGAGCGCAGGAGGAUCCUGCAGGCCUUCCCUGACAUGCACAACUCCUCCAUCAGCAAGAUCCUGGGUUCCAGGUGGAAGUCCAUGUCCAACCAAGAGAAGCAGCCUUACUAUGAAGAGCAGGCGAGACUGAGCCGGCAGCACCUGGAGCGCUACCCGGACUACAAGUACAAACCCCGGCCCAAACGGACCUGCAUUGUGGAGGGGCGGAGGCUGAGGGUGGGCGAGUACAAGGCCAUGAUGAAGAGCCGUCGUCAGGAACAGAGAGCCACCUACACGCACAGUCAAACAGAGCCCCAGCAGAUCCACUACUCCCACAGCGAUGGACAGUACGCUGGCAGCGCUGGCCCGGUGUCCGUGGCAACCAUGCCUUUUCACCCCGCGUUACUGGAGCAUUACCUACCACAGGUCCCGCCUGCCCCACGUCGAGUGGAAGCCCACAGGGAACGAAAGAGGGAGCAGCCUCUGUACAGCGAAGGAGAGGAAAGUGACGGGGGUGAAAGGAGUGAGGGAGAACUGGUGCUCCUGACAGACUGA